AUGCUAUCUAACAAAGAAAUAAGGAUUGUGUCAUUGCUAGUGAUCGAUACGGUGUUCUUCUUACUAGAGGUUAUUAUUGGUUAUGCUGUUCAUUCGUUAGCGUUAAUUGCUGAUUCCUUUCACAUGUUGAACGAUAUUGUGUCUCUAAUAGUGGCACUCUGGGCUGUUAACGUUGCGAAGAAUAGGAACCCCGAUGCAAAGUACACGUAUGGAUGGAGAAGAGCAGAGAUAUUAGGCGCUUUGAUUAAUGCAGUGUUUUUGAUUGCACUUUGUGUGUCCAUCGUGAUCGAAGCGAUUCAAAGAUUUUUUGAACCACAAGAGAUAACGAACCCAAAACUAGUUUUGUAUGUGGGUACCGCAGGGUUGUUGUCAAACAUAUUGGGGCUAUUCUUGUUCCACGACCAUGGUCAUAGUCACUCGCAUAAUAACCAUUCUGAUCCUGAGUUGAAUAAAUCCGGUGGACAUGAGCAUUCACACAUGAAUAACGAGACUAGUGAUUCUGAUACGGAUGGGAUCCAGGAAUUCUUUCCUUCUACGGUCGUUGAAAGAUUUGCAAGCCAAUCAGCGUGCAGUGAGAGCACUCCUUUGACAGCUAAAAAGCACUUUAGUCACACUUCUUCAGCGGAAGAACAUUCCGAACACCAGCCUCCGCAAAAAUCGUUGAAUAUGCAUGGGGUCUUUUUACACGUUCUUGGGGAUGCACUUGGUAAUGUAGGUGUUAUUAUCACCGCAAUUUUCAUUUGGAAGACCAACUAUUCUUGGAGGUACUACUCUGAUCCAUUUAUUUCGUUGGUUAUUACCUGCAUUAUAUUCUCGUCAGCUUUGCCACUAUCUAGGAAAGCUUCUAGGAUUUUGUUACAAGCUACACCUUCUACAAUAUCAGCAGAUGAAAUUAAAGCUGAAAUACUAAAUGUACCUGGCGUGCUCUCUAUCCAUGACUUCCACAUUUGGAAUCUAACAGAGUCUUUUUUUAUUGCUUCGCUCCAUGUACACAUCGACUGUUCUCAAGAUACUUACAUUGAUACUGCAAGGAUUAUAAGAUCUAUAUUCCAUAAGUACGGUAUCCACUCAGCCACUGUACAGCCAGAGUUUAUUGGUGCAAAUGGUGUCAGCGAUGACUCGCUGAGAAAGUUCACCAGGAUUGCUGGCGGAGGGUUGGGAUCCUCAACUUCUAUUAAUGACCCAGAUAAUGACGCCUUUAAGAAUCAAUCUUAUACGUACGGUUCUACGAAUAGCAAUACGGGAUGCUUACUCGAUGACGCUGCAAACUGCAAUUCAGAUAGCUGCUUACCACAGUAG